CACAUCAGCAUCUUGUGGUUGGAAGAAAGAGAUACUUUGUGGCAGUUACCAGCCUGACUGGCACAGUACUACCCCACACAGCACCCUGGAAGGGAAGACCACAGACUUAUCUGGCUCCACACUUGGAGGUUCUGCCGGAGACUGACAUUUGGCCUCAUGUGAAAUGGAAGUUGAAAAUUACACCUGCGGGCGUGCUGCUAUCGUGGUUUUGCUUCAUUGGUCGUGCCUGAAGUGGGAAGUGGUGUUGUAGAGCGCUGACUGCAGCACAGAACCUGCUGACCUCCAUGUCAAGCACCUCUCCUUUCUGCCGGAGUGAAAUCCUCUCCAGAUACCAGCAGAACGUCAGCUGCAGAAAAUGCUUUGCUCUUUAAGAAUUUCCGCAACCUAAGUCCAUGCACCUUGUCUGUCCAGUUGUUGUGGAUGGUUUGUCAUCUGAAAGCUCCUGGUCCUUUCCAGGCCCGGUGUCUGUUUCUGACAUGUCUCUGCUUCAUGCGUUGGGCCCAGUGCAAACCUGGCUGGGGCAAGAGCUAGAGAAGUGUGGCAUUGAUGCCAUGAUUUAUACGCGGUAUGUGCUCAGUCUUCUGCUGCAUGACAGCUACGACUACGACCUGCAGGAACAGGAGAAUGAAAUCUUCCUGGGCUGGGAGAAAGGAGCUUACAAGAAGUGGGGAAAGAGUAAGAAAAAGUGUUCAGAUCUAACUCUAGAAGAAAUGAAAAAACAGGCUGCUGUCCAGUGUCUUCGAUCUGCUUCUGAUGAAAGCUCUGGAAUCGAGACUUUAGUGGAGGAACUCUGCUGCAGACUGAAAGACCUGCAGAGUGAGCAAGAAGAGAAGAUUCACAAGAAGUUAGAGGGGUCUCCCUCUCCAGAGGCAGAAUUGUCCCCUACAGCAAAGGACCAAGUGGAAAUGUACUACGAAGCAUUUCCACCGCUUUCUGAGAAGACAGUUUGCCUGCAGGAGAUCAUGACCGUGUGGAACAAGUCCAAAGCCUGUUCCUACUCCAGCUCCUCCUCGUCAUCCACAGCCCCACCAGCAAGCACAGGUACAUCGUCUCCCAAGGACUGUAAUAGUGAGAGUGAAGGCAUCAAAGAGAGAAGCACCGAGGCGACCUUCCCUGUGCAGGAGAAAGCCCUGCGCAGAGGCAGAGCUGAGAAGGGGAGCAGGCUGAGCCAUGGCACCACAGAAGAGAAGCCUGCCUUCUGUACAAAGCAGACCCGACAGAAACCUGAGGGGAAGAUGCGGCCUCGCUCAUGGUCCUCUGGCUCUAGUGAAGCAGGCUCGAGUUCAAGCGGUAAUCAGGGAGAAUUAAAAGCAUCCAUGAAGUAUAAGGUCAGACACAAGGCACGAGAAAUUCGAAACAAAAAAGGACGGAACGGGCAGAGCAGGCUGUCGCUGAAGCAUGGCGAGAAGGCAGAGAGAGGUGUUCAUGCGGGUGGUGGUGGCGGCAGCAGCAGCAGCAGCGGUGGGUCCAUCCGGCAGCUGUGCAAGCGAGGUAAAAGACCCGCAAAAGAGACAGGGAGGAAAGAGCCUGGGAGCACGUCAGGAAAAGACCUGUACGUGGAGAGCAGGAGCAAUAGGGAGUACAAAGAGGAGCCGCUGUGGUACACAGAGCCGCUUGCCGAGUACUUUGUUCCUCUGAGCAGAAAGAGCAAACUAGAGACCACAUACCGAAACAGGCAAGACGCAAGUGCUCUGCCAUCAGAAGCAGUUGAGGACUUGUCUGAGUCUGUGCGUGGUCUGCGUAUCAGCAACAGUAAUGCCCACGACACAUACCUCGCAGCAGGUACUUUCAUCGAUGGUCAUUUUGUAGAAAUGCCUGCAGUUAUAACUGAGGACAUUGACCUCGCUGGGACCUCAUUAUGUUCUCCACCAGAGGACAGUAAAGACCUGGAUGAUAUUCAUCUAUCUGAAUUAACACACUUCUAUGAAGUGGAGAUUGACCAAUCCAUGUUGGAUCCUGGUGCCUCAGAAACAUUGCAAGGAGAAAGUCGGAUUUUGAAUAUGAUUCGACAAAAAAGCAAAGAGCAUACAGAUUUUGAGGCAGAAUGUUGCAUAGUGUUAGAUGGUAUGGAGUUGCAAGGGGAACGUGCAAUAUGGACAGAUUCUACCAGCUCCGUGGGUGCUGAGGGCUUCUUCCUGCAAGACCUUGGCAACCUGGCUCAGUUUUGGGAGUGCUGCUCAUCCAGCUCUGGAGAUGCUGAUGGAGAGAGUUUUGGAGGAGACUCUCCAGUAAGACUCUCUCCCCUCUUGGACAGCACGAUGCUCAAUUCACACUUGCUUGCUGGCAAUCAAGAGCUCUUUUCAGAUAUUAAUGAAGGAUCUGGUAUAAACUCUUGUUUUUCAGUGUUUGAAGUGCAAUGCGGUAAUUCUGUUUUACCAUUUUCUUUUGAAACACUCAACUUGGGAAGUGAGCAUGCAGAUUCUAGUGCUAAUGUGCUUGGGAAAACACAGUCUAGAUUGCUAAUAUGGACCCAAAAUAGUGCCUUUGAAGAGAAUGAACACUGUUCUAAUCUUUCAACAAGAACUUGUAGUCCGUGGUCCCAUUCAGAAGAAACACGUUCAGACAAUGAGACAUUGAACAUUCAAUUUGAAGAAUCUACACAGUUUAAUGCAGAAGAUAUUAAUUAUGUAGUUCCUAGAGUCUCAUCAAACUAUGUAGAUGAAGAACUUCUAGAUUUUUUGCAAGAUGAAACUUGCCAGCAAAAUAGUAGAACUUUAGGAGAAAUUCCUACGUUAGUUUUCAAAAAAAGAUCUAAACUAGAAUCUGUCUGUGGUAUUCAGCUAGAACAAAAACCAGAAAACAAAAACUUUGAAACUACACAAGCAUGUAGUGAAAGCAGCCCACAUGGAGGUGGCUACAGCUCAGGGGUUAUUAAAGACAUUUGGACAAAGAUGGCAGAAAGGGAUUCUGCAGCUAGGUUAGAGGUAGACAGAACCGACGAGGAGUUAUUUUCAACAGAUGUAAAUAACUACUGCUGCUGUUUGGAUGCCGAAGCUAAACUAGAGGCCCUUCAGGAGCCUAGUCGGGCUGUGCAGAGAUCGGAGUAUCAUCUCUGGGAGGGGCAAAAGGAGAACCUGGAGAAAAGAGCGUUUGUGUCCAGUGAGCUGUCAAAGGUAGAUGGCGGUGAUUACACCACACCCUCUAAACCUUGGGAUGGGGCCCAAGAGAAAGAGAACACAUUCAUUCUUGGAGGAGUGUAUGGAGAACUCAAAACCUUCAAUAGUGAUGGGGAGUGGGCAGUCGUACCUCCUGGUCAUACAAAAGGAAGCUUGUUACAGUGUGCAGCCUCUGAUGUUGUGACAAUAGCUGGUACAGAUGUCUUUAUGACCCCUGGAAAUAGCUUUGCUCCUGGUCACAGGCAGUUAUGGAAACCCUUUAUGUCAUUGGAACAGAGUGAUCUGCCGAAGAGUGGGGAAAAUGGGUUAAAUAAGGGAUUUUCUUUUAUCUUCCAUGAAGACUUGCUAGGAGCCUGUAGUAACUUUCAAGUUGAGGAUCCUGGGCUUGAAUAUUCAUUCUCUUCCUUUGACUUAAGCAAUCCAUUUUCACAAGUUCUCCAUGUGGAAUGUUCAUUUGAGCCUGAAGGGAUUGCAUCUUUCAGCCCCAGUUUUAAGCCGAAGUCGAUCCUCUGCUCGGAUUCAGACAGUGAGGUUUUUCACCCCAGAAUAUGUGGUGUUGACAGGACACAAUACAGGGCUAUUCGGAUCUCUCCUCGGACUCACUUCCGCCCAAUUUCUGCAUCUGAACUUUCCCCUGGAGGAGGAAGUGAGUCAGAGUUUGAGUCUGAGAAAGAUGAAGCAAAUACUCCCACUCCUUCUCACAUUGGUGCGCUUGAAGACCCACAAGCAGAUCUCAAACCUCUAGAAGAAGAUGCAGAGAAAGAAGGUCCUUAUUAUGGGAAGUCAGAGCUCGAGUCUGGGAAGUUCCUGCCCAGAUUAAAAAAGUCUGGAAUGGAAAAGAGUGCUCAGACAUCGCUGGACUCCCAGGAGGAGGCAGCUGGGAUGCCGCCCAUCGGAAAGCAGGACCAGUGUUUGGAGUGUAGCAUGAGGGAAUCUCUGGAAAUCAAUUUAGAAAGCUCAGAAGCAAAUUGUAAAAUAAUGGCACAGUGUGAGGAGGAGAGCAAUGAUUUUUGCAGUUGCAAAGCAGGUUGUCAGUUCCCUGUUUGUGAAGAUAAUCCUGUUUCUUCAGGACAACUGGAAGAGUUUCCUGUACUGAAUACUGACGUACAAGAAAUGAAUCGAAAUCAAGAAAAGCAGAGCUGGUGGGAAAAAGCCCUGUACUCUCCUCUUUUCCCUGCGUCAGAGUAUGAAGAGUGUUCUACAAGUGUCAAGGGAGAGAAUGGCAUAGAAGAACGUCCAGAUGCUAAAGAGACACCCAGUAAUGAGGAGCGCCUGUUAGAUUUUAAUAGGGUGUCUUCUGUUUAUGAAGCAAGAUGCACAGGAGAGAGAGGUUCUGGGGGAAAACCAAAUGGCCUCCACAGGAAGAUGUGCUCCAGUGCCAGCUCCGACACGGGCGACACAGGCUCCGAAGGCGGCGGAGAGUGGGUGGGCCCCAGCGGAGAGGAGCUCUUCUCCCGAACGCACCUCUGACCCUGCAGAGUAGUCCCACUCAUUGCAAAUGCUGUGAUGGGAAAUAGCCUUCUGUGAGGCCGAUCAGUCUAAAAGCAGCAACCUAGGUCUCUUCUUCAAUUAACUGAUUCACAUCAGUGAUUACCUUUCUCUUCUUGCUUACUUUAGCGUUGAGGACGGCUGUCCUGUUGAAGACCUGUUUCAAGCUGUUACGGUCUUGCUCUGACGUAGACUGUGCUGUCCAGUGAAGAACGGGUGUGCAUGUGCUUGUCUUGGCGGCGUCCCCACUUCUGCAUCGCAGCCACAGGCCUUCUCCCUCUGUGGCGGCCACGUCGCCAUCACCUUGUCAGCACCGUAGCGCUGACAGCCUCUGCUGCUGUCCAGACUCUAGCUUUGUUCUCUGAAAGCCAGGAGAUAAAUCCUUGCCCUGCCGCGGGUCAGGGCCUUUCUGAAGGAGGAGGGAAGCAUGGUGACUCAUCUGCAGUCUCAUUCAGCAAAAUCUCAUGUACAUUUGAAGUAGGAACACAAGGGUGUGCUCGUAGAGACUUCAAAAUACUGUGUUUUCUCUCUUAGGAUUUCCCCUCAAGUGUCACGGAAGAUACUGUGGUUUGUGACUUUCUUGCUAACUGAAGAAGCCAAGGAUUUGAGGCCUGGGGCGGUGGAUGGGGUGAGUUCUGCUACUGCAGUGCAGGCCUGGUAGCACAGCCUGGCCGACGCAGGGGGUUCUCCGUGCUAGCUCUUCAGCACAUUGCUUGAGGACCUUAGCAACAAAUUAUUUUCUGGUGACUGCAUUGAACUGAAGUCCCCAGAUGAACUUAUCAAUAUUUGACACACCAUAAGGCCACUUCAUCACCCCAAAGAAAUCUUUGGCUGCUGCAGCUAGCUGCUCUUCUGGCUGUGAUGUAGUGUAGCUUGUAUCUCAUUUUGUUUGAGAGAAUGUUCUGGGUAAGUUCUGUGUGCGGUGGGCUGGGGUGGGUCAAGUAAUUUUCCACAUCCCUGUGUGAUUGCUGUUCUGAUCAUCACCUCAUGUGACUUGGUGAGCCACGCAGGCAGCACACCUCACACGGCGCACAUUAGUGCGCUGACCUCCUUGCUCUCAGCAUGGCCACGGGUUUGAAGCUAGGAGAGCGAAUGUGUGCAAAGCCUACACGUUCUAAAUCACUUUUCUUUUUAACCAACUUGUUUUAAAAACACCUAGUCUGUGCCAUGAGGUUAGCGUGUCCAGAUCAUCAGGAACGGCAGGCGAGUCUGAUGUGGCCAAGCCGGCCUCUCCAGUAAGUUGGGCAGCUGUGAAUCCAUGGUGACUUCCUAAGCUGGGAGCUGAGCAGCCUGUGAGGGACCUUGUUGGAAGCAUUUGAGUCUGUUGACUGUUUCCACUGAUGCAGGAAACACCAUGGAGGCCAUACAGUCGUGUGUGUCCAUGCUGUGGGAGGCCUGCGUGGCCGUUGGAGGCCUGCGUGGUCGUUGGAGGUGGUCUCACCGCCUUAGGGUUUGUUUUUACACAGCAUAUCUUUUGACACUUUACAGUGGGUUUGUGUGUGUGCAUGUGCGUGUGUGUGUGCGUGUGUGUGAGUGUAAGGCUUUAUGUUGCUCUUAUUUAUUUACAGACAUCAGAUAGUUUUACGUAUUUUCCUUUCUUAUGGAGCUUCCUAAACAUUGACUAGUAUCUGCACUGAAAUAUAACCUACCA